AAAUAAGACAAAUAUACGAAGAAGAAACAUCAGUUUAAAAUUGAAUCAUUCGUACUUAUUUUUAAUUUCUCAUAAAUACUCCACAGAUAGCAAAUCAUAUAAAUAUUAUAUUGUAUCUGUAAAAACGUGUAUUUACCUUGCUGACAGAAGCUUUGAAGGAAUUCAUCCAAAGGCGGCAGUAUUUUAGUAACUUAUUAUGGCUAAAACUGUCUGUCAUCAUCAGUACUAACAGACAGUCUGGAGUUCUAAUCGGCAUUUGAGGCUGUUUUUGUCAUUGUGAACACUAGUUUUGGAAAUGCACAGGACUGUACCGAGUCUCCCUCUGGCGCCGUCGGUGAAAGUGAAGCUCAUCAAUGCGGGUUUCCAGGCGGCUUCAGACCUGACAGACAUGCGGCCUCUUCAGCUCUGCAAAGAGGCAGGAAUUUCUCAAGAGGAGGCAGUGGAGGUGCUGCAGAUGUUGAGAGAUGAUGCUCAGCCUCACCAGCAGAGAGCAGCAGCAGACAGCGUAACGGCACUGGAUCUCCUGCACCAGGAGCAAACUCUGGGCAGCAUAGUGACCUUCUGCUCUGGCCUGGAUGAUGCUCUUGGAGGAGGCGUGCCUGUGGGAAAGACCACUGAGAUCUGUGGGGCCCCUGGGGUUGGAAAGACUCAGCUUUGCAUGCAGCUGGCUGUGGAUGUGCAGAUUCCUGUGUGUUUUGGAGGUCUGGGAGGAAAGGCACUGUAUAUCGACACAGAAGGCAGUUUUUUGGUGCAACGGGUCGCUGAUAUGGCGGAAGCAGCCGUUCAACACUGCGCCCUCAUCACAGAGGAUACAGAACAGAAAGGAGCUCUGGAGGAACUUAAUGUGGAGAAGAUCCUCUCUAACCUCUUCUUGGUCCGUUGCCAUGACUAUGUAGAGCUGUUAGCGGAGGUUUACCUCCUACCUGACUUCCUGUCUGAGCAUCCUGAGGUGCGGUUAAUAGUGAUCGACAGCAUCGCCUUCCCAUUCCGGCAUGACUUUGAGGAUCUUUCUCAGAGGACCCGCCUUCUGAACGGCCUUGCCCAGCAGCUCAUCCAACUAGCUACACAACACAGAAUAGCGGUUGUUUUGACCAAUCAGAUGACUACAAGAGUUUCAAAUGGCCAGUCAAAACUGGUUCCUGCAUUAGGUGAGAGUUGGGGUCACGCUGCGACGCAGAGGCUCAUCCUGCACUGGGAGGGACUGAGAAGGCUCGCCUCCUUGUAUAAGUCCCCAAGUCAAAUGGAGGCCACAGUUCAAUAUCAGAUUACAGUCCAGGGUUUCAGAGAUUCCCCAGAUGAACCCAGACCUACUUUUGAUCCGUCUGAAGUCUCCUCUCCUUCAGGAAACCACAGCAAACGCCCUCGCUUGGAGGAUCCAUCUUGAGGGUCUAUAGCCAACCAUUACUUCAAAGCUCUGGAAAGCCACAUCUCUAAACUCGAAAUAUGCUAAA